UUAAGCAAUGCUGAUGUAGCCGUGAAUCAGUAUCAUGUUUACCCUGGAGAUAUACAGCUUAUGAAAGACCUGGGAAUGGAUGCCUACAGAUUUUCAAUUGCUUGGUCCAGGAUUUACCCUAAUGGUACAGGGAAAAUCAAUCGAGCAGGAAUUAAACAUUACAAUAAUCUCAUCAAUGCUUUACAAGCCAACGGUAUAGAACCCUAUGUGACUAUCUACCAUUGGGACCUGCCUCAAAGUUUGGAAGACAGAUACACCGGAUGGCUUAAUCGGCAAAGCAUAAAAGAUUAUGCAGUAUAUGCCGAAACAUGCUUUAAGGAAUUUGGUGACAGAGUAAAGCAUUGGAUUACAUUCAACGAGCCUCAUACUUUUGCAGUACAAGGCUAUGAUAUUGGGCUUGAGGCACCGGGGCGUUGUUCCAUUCUUCUUCACUCAUUUUGCAGGGCUGGAAAUUCAGCAACUGAGCCUUAUAUCGUAGGCCACAACGUGCUUCUUUCACACGCUGCAGCAGUGGACAUUUAUAAGAAAAAGUACCAGCCAAAGCAACGUGGAUCAAUUGGAAUAUCACUUGAUUCCUUCUGGUAUGAGUCGAAAACAAACUCCUCAGAGGAUAUAGAAGCCACUCAAAGAGCAAUAGAUUGGAACUUGGGCUGGUUUUUGGAGCCCCUAAUCCUCGGGGACUAUCCAAACUCUAUGAAAACAAGAGUAGGAAGCCGAUUACCUAGAUUUACUCAGGCUGAAUCCUCCAAGUUGAAGGGCUCCUUUAAUUUCAUUGGCAUAAACCACUACACAACGUGGUAUGCUAAUGUGAACCAUACCAACCUAAUCGGUGUUCUGCUGAAUGACUCCCUUGCAGACUCUGGUGCUAUUAUUCUCCCGUUCAAAGAUGGAAAGCCUAUAGCCGACAGGGCAAAUUCCAUAUGGUUGUACAUUGUACCUCAUGGUAUAAGAAGCUUAAUGAAUUACAUCAGGGAAAAGUAUGGAAACCCUCUUGUCAUAAUUACUGAAAAUGGAAUGGAUGAUGAAAAUAGUCCACUUGUUUCCAUUAAGGAUGCUCUUAAGGACACGAAAAGGAUCAAAUACCAUAAUGAUUAUCUCACGAACUUGUUGGCUGCAAUUGUAGAAGAUGGUUGCAAUGUGAAAGGAUAUUUUGCAUGGUCCCUUUUGGAUAAUUGGGAAUGGGCAGCUGGAUUUAGCUCCAGAUUUGGUCUGUACUAUGUAGAUUAUAAUGACAAGCUCAAGAGAUAUGCAAAGGAUUCUGUUAAGUGGUUCAAGAAUUUCUUGUCUUCAUAGCUAAAAUUUUGCUCCAUGGAAUUGCUGCAACUGUAUCACACAACACACACUACAAAAAAGAUAUAUGAAUGUAAACUGCAAACCACAUUCAUUCUUUG